UUAUUAUUGACAUGUUUUUAAGCAUAAAAUAAAAAGAAAAUUUGUUUGUUUGUUAUCCUCUAUAUAAAUCAGAAUUAUUUUACUUCAUGACGCUAAAAUAUUGACUGUGACGUCAUAAUUAUGUUAACGUCAUUGUUUGACGUCGUCGUUACCAGUAACGUACAAACGGAUAACAGAGGAAGACACGAAAAUGAGCUAUAUUUGGGAGCAAAGAAAUAGAUUGACAGAACUUCAGUAUGUGCCGGGGUUAGGGCCUGUUAUGCUUACGUUAAUACAUGACAGGGUAUAUAUUUUACAAAAUGGUAUCUGGGUGGAAAUUAUGCCGUGGUUUUUUAACAGUCGAACUUCGUAUGAGGACACUACACAGAAUGCAGAUAUGAAUGCUAGCCAGAGGAAAGAGGAAGAAAGAAAGAGAAAGGCUGAUGAAAGAAAAGCAAGAAGGCGGCAGAAAAGAAAGAAAGCCGAAGAAAAGAAAGCGAGACAGUGGGAGGAAAGGAAAAGAGCCGUAGAAAACGAAGCAAGAGAGUGGCAGGAAAGAAAAAUUGCCGAAGUAAAGAAAGCAAUGAAGUCGUCGGAGGAAUUGUAUAGAGGGCUUGAUGCAGCAAUUAAGAAGGUUCAAGAAAGUCAACACAAAGACGAAGUGAUGGAUAAAGUGAAGGGGACAGAUAAGCAGCGCACCAAGAAUAAUAUGAACAAAGAGAAUGACACAGGGUACGAGAGCGACAACGAGGAAAACUAUUUUAUUGCAAGGUUUUGUUUCCAUUGAUUUUUUUUCCAAAUAUUCUGAAGUAUUUCAAGCAUUCCUUUUUUUUAAUCAUUGUUUUUGAUAAAAAUGAAAUAAAUAACUAUAUAUUAUUA